AAAAAAUCUGUGGCAAAGGUACAAAUAAAACCUUUGUUCAGAAGGGUAUCUCGAGAUGAUUCCCCAUCUGCCUCAAUUGACCUCUCUCGAUCCUCAUUUGAUCAAGAGGGGCUGGGGAUAUAUACCACUCAUGAUCAAGACAGUGUUCAAAAUGACCUAUUUACCAAUUUUCCGACAAGACGAAAGUUAUCUGAUAUCCAUCGUCGGUCUACUAGCGGGACGUCUCAGCUUUCCACGGCUAGCAGUUCAAGCCUGAGCAAACCGGGCUCACAAUACGUUCAUCCGAUGCGUCUGGCGCCCCGUACUUAUACUCCACCGUUAGCUCAAUCCUGCCAAAAUUCAUAUUUUGAAAGUGAUGAAUCUGCCAAAGGGGAAGCUACGGAAGAGGAUCUUUUGGCCCAUUCGAGCCAAGAAGUUAUUGAACAGUAUGCGCGUACAUCGUCGGGGGCAACACCUCGACUCUCUUUGCAGAUUCAGAACAGUUCGUUUACGCGAUUGCCUGGAGCAUCGCAAACCAACGUAACUAGUCGCUCGUCUUUCGGGUACUCGCGGGAUAAUACCAGUACGCUAGACACUACGUCUCCGACUUCUCGAUCGUCGCUUGAUUUUGUUUUCCGCUCGAAGACGCGUACUAGCAUGGAUCCCGUGUCUCGUGCCGCCACAGUUCAAGCAGCGCGCCAAGCAUUUCAAGAAAAGGAAGCGGCAAAGACGCGAAAAUUUGAACAACAGCGUCUAAAGGCGGAAGAGAAGCUGAUUAAACGGAAGGAGAAGCAAGAGAACCGGACAUCUCUCAGAGAAAGCGAUAUACCAGAAAAAGAUUGGGAACAGGGAAAUUCCAAGAAUGCCGAGAAGCCAGAGCUCCCUCGUUAUUCCCAAUCCACAUCUCAACCGGAGACAAAUUCUGAGAGCUGGAAGUCUCAGUCAAAGAGCACAUGGAUGUAUUUUCUUACAUGGCUGCGAACCAGAAUUUUCAAGUUUCGUAGACGC